CCUUGACCAGCACAAAAACAUCCUGUGGCGUACUGAAGCUGUAACACCAAGGCUAUGAAUUAUAUCACGUUUAUUCCCACCUGCGUCAAGCACAUUAGACAGGAUAUAUUCUAUGGCUAGAGAUGUACAAUGUUAUUGUCACGUUCUCUUAGUUUUGCAAACACACAAAUGCCUGUGUCUCUUUAGGUGAAUCCCCUGGUCCAGCUGGCUCUAGCUGAUCUGUUUGCAGCAGUCACCCUGAUGUUCACCAGCGCAAUGAAUGAAACACACACCUUCACCCCCAGUGUGUUAAUCUGUGAAAAACUACUGCCUCUGUCACUGAUGUUUUACUUUGUGUCAUUCCUCCUGAUGAUAGUGUAUGCCUGGGAGUCAAAGCAUGCAGUCGAGGGAUGGAGGGAGAGACCAAGAGAGGAAGAGUCCCAGUGUAGACAAAGGGUGGGGGUUGUGCCUGUAUAUGCUUGUGUGUGGUUUAUACCGUUGGUGAUGUACUUUGUGUACGUGAUGACUUUAGUCCUGGUACCACCCAGCCACAUGACGGCAAACAACGGUGAAGCUAGCACAUACUGCAACAGCUGUAUCCUCUUCCUGCAUAUCUGGAGGGACAACUGCUCAGAUAUAGAACAUAUCCAUGAUAUCUUCAUACAAUGCUUCCUCUUCGUCAGUGUGAUACCAGUUUUGGUGUGCUGCACAGUGGUUUACUACAAGGUGGGCAGCUGGUAUCGCAGGUAUGAGGAGGAGGGACUAUUUCCUGUGGAGGGAGAUGGACGUUCCAGGAAACGGCUGAGGGGUAUGUUCUCCACUGCUCGCUACAUGAUGGUGGUCAUCAUCUUCUGCUGGACCCCAGCUCUUGUUCUGGUUGUCCUGUCUGUGAUACCAGACAUACCUCAAGUAAAUCUCUUCCCCCUGUAUGUUAUACAGGCGGUGAUGUUGUCUCUGCAGGGCUGUCUGAACAGCGUGGUCUAUGCCUGGAGACGACCAAACUUCAGAGACGCUGUGCUCGGAGAGAGGAUGCCCCUGCUCAGCCAAGACGUCCCUCUGCCCUUCUUUGACGAAUCACUGAGGGGGCUGCUUGGACCCUUAACCUCUAACUCCUGACUCUAGAGAAGCUGCUAUGCUGCGGGUGGAGUUCUCCCUCUGGCACAGAAACAGUUUACCCUCCUCAAAUACUAACCUUUACCACUGAGGGAAGCAAUGCAACACUGACCUCAGAUCAGCAUCUUGGGAUAACUUCAUUCUACUACUCCUACUGGGAUGGUUGUCCGGAACCAAGACAAUGGUGUACUAUGGACGUAGGGGUCGAUUCAGACUCAGGAAAUGUAUGCCUUUCCUAUGCACUUCUCAGUAGUUGGUAUUCAGACUUUCCUUAUGCAGGCGUGUAACGGGCUUUGCAGGCGUGGUUUCCUUGUAAAUUGAUAAAUACAUUUCAUAGAACUCAUAAAAUCCUCCCACUUGCUGGCCAACAGACUUUCUCAUCGAGUUUUCAUUCAAUAGAGUUUUCUGUACAUUCAUCUUAAGCCAUCCCUUUAAAUACGGUGUACCUUUAAUUCGAAUUUGGUCGACAGACUCACUAGAAUACAUCGAGAGAAAAGCUUCAGAGUAUUAGAGAUCAAUGGAAGGAAUCCAUCUAAAUAUAUGCAUAUUUGUUACAGUUUCAGCACCAACUGGUAAAAAAAUAUUCUGGUAGAUUAUUUAGGCAAAUAUUAGGGUUAGGAAGGUAUGUAUGACAUAAACUGGUUUGGUGAGCCUUUAUGCACAAAAUAUAAUAUUUUUAUUUUUUUAAUUUUAUUUUUUACCUUUUUUUAACCAGGUAGGCUAGUU